AUGUAGUGUCAGGAGUGUCAUAAAACAACUACCUCGGAGCAUUAUAAAUACUGUACGGGAACCCCAAUACAACAUGAGUCUUGGUGUUUGUGUACGAGGUUUAUCAGAAAUAUGUUGCAGCAAGCUCUCCGAGUUUCAGGGCGAAGUGCCUCGCCUCUGAUAAAGUGGGUGGAGAAGUGGCUUGAAAGCGCGGCUUCCCCUAAGCGCGCCGAGACGCAUCAGGUGAAAAGUCUGGAAGAGAUGCCCGGACCCUCUGUUUGCAGUUUCGCUUGGGACCUUUUCGCUAAACGGGGGUUAUCUCGCCUCCACGAACUUCAGCUGGAGGGGCGCAAGCGGUACGGGCCGGUGUGGAAGGCCAGUUUCGGGCCGAUCCUGACGGUCCACGUGGCGGACCCGGCGCUGAUCGAGCAGGUCCUGCGGCAGGAAGGGCAGCACCCCAUGCGCUCGGACCUCUCCUCCUGGAAGGACUACCGCCAGCUCCGCGGACACGGCUACGGGCUGCUCACGUCGGAGGGGGAGGAGUGGCAGGCGGUGCGCAGCCUCCUGGCCAAGCACAUGCUGCGUCCGCGCGCGGUGGAGGCGUACGACGGCAUCCUGAACGGCGUGGUGUCCGACCUCCUGGCCAAGCUGCAGCUGCGCAGCCAGCAGAGCCCCCGCGGCCUCGUCCGCGACAUCGCCACCGAGCUGUACCGCUUCGGCCUGGAGGGUAUUUCCUCCGUGCUGUUCGAGUCGCGGAUUGGCUGCCUGGACGCGCAGGUCCCCCCGGAGACGGAGCGCUUCAUCCAGUCCAUAAACACCAUGUUCGUCAUGACCCUCCUCACCAUGGCCAUGCCCGGCUGGCUCCACCGCAUCUUCACCAGGCCCUGGGACACCUUCUGCCAGUGCUGGGACUACAUGUUCCAAUUCGCAAAGGGCCACAUUGACCAGCGUCUGCAGGAGGAGGCCGAAAGGCUGGCCCGGGGAGAGGAAGUGGAGGGGCGGUAUCUGACAUACUACCUGUCACAGCAAGGCCUGCCGCUGAAGACCGUGUACAGUAAUGUGACAGAGCUUCUGCUAGCCGGGGUGGACACGAUCUCCGGCACCAUGUCCUGGUCGCUGUACGAGCUCGCCCGGCACCAGGGGGUGCAGGCGGCCCUGCGGGACGAGGUUCUCGGGGUUCUGAGAGGCCGGGAGGUCCCGGGGGCCGCGGACGUAGCUCAGAUGCCCCUGCUGAAGGCCGUGGUGAAGGAGGUGCUCAGACUUUAUCCAGUCAUCCCUGGCAAUGGCCGAGUCAUUACCGACAGAGACAUCCAAGUGGGAGGUUACCUCAUUCCAAAAAGUACCCUGAUUACUUUGUGCCACUACGCGACGUCCCGGGACGAGAAGAUGUUCUCGAACCCGGACGAGUUCCUGCCCCAGCGCUGGCUGCGGCGGGACCAGGGGCACCACCCCUACGCCUCGGUGCCCUUUGGCGUGGGCAAGCGCAGCUGCAUCGGGCGCCGGAUAGCCGAGCUGGAGCUCUACUUGGCGCUGGCGCAAAUCCUGAUCCAUUUCGAAGUGAGGCCCGACCCGGACGCCGAGGCGGUCCGCCCCAUGACCAGAACGCUGCUGGUGCCGCAGACCGAAAUCAACCUGCAGUUCAUCAAACGCUGACCGCGCGGGUCGACCGCGGUCGUCAGAGGACUGCGCCAGCCUCCCACGUGCAGAGACAAGGGUCACGCUGACCGGAGAACCGAACACACUGCCCCUGAGCAGCAGGGCAGGAAGCUGGUCAUUCGGGUGGGCGGGCCUCACCUCAACCUCAGCAAUUGGAACCACUUACUUUCUGCAGUGCAUUGUGGGCCAUGUUCAGCACGCGGGCAGUCUGUAACAAUUAUCAGAGGCUGUGCUCUGUGUCAUGAGGGGACAGUGACUGUGAUCUCCAGGAAACAAUGAACCACUAAAAACACCCUGACUGACAAAAUGGAGAAUGAGGUUUCAAAAUCAUCACUAGUGUGCCAUGCCUUUUAAGAACAAUCUUGUUUUAAAUUAUUAUGUUUGUAUUUAUGUAUGAAUGCAUUUAUGAGACAAAGCCUAGUGAGAUAUUUUCAGGACAGUGUUUUUGUCUGUGCUGUUUAGCAACUCUUUAGAAUUGGUAAAACCACAGAGCAAUGGUAAAUGGUAAGCUGUAAAGCUGACUAUAAAAAAUCUAAUUUAAGACAUGAAGACAAUAUUUUAAACCAGCAAAUUCAUAAAGUUCUCAAGAUGAUGUCGUAUUGUUACAAAUGUUUAUAAAGUAUUCUUUAUUUUGAAUAAAGCGUGUGUUUGUGUGUGUGCGCGUGCGCAUAUGUGGGUCUGUGUACUUCUCUUGAUUUUAAUAAAAUAUGAAAACUCUC